GGAGGCUCCCGAGUGAGUGGGUCCCGGCGGCCGCAGCCUGCUCCCCGCGGCCCCGAUGUGAGGGAAUCGGGGAGGCCAGCGGUGCGGCAGGGGAGGGCGAGGCAUGUGCACGGGCCGGGGGGUACAGCAGCCGCCCGAGGACGAGGGGGACGGCGGCGGCGAGGAGGAGAGCGGGGGGCUCGCGGCGGCGGGCCCGGGACGAGGGGAUGCAGCGGACUGUGUGUGUCUGGCUGUAGCGGGCGCGAGGAGGCGACAAGGCGUGGGGGACCCGCGUGAGGGGCGACCAGGAGGCGGCGGCGGCGGCGGAGACGAGUAGCGGCGGGACCGGCGGCGAGGGCAGCCCUGCCAUGCACGUUCCUCUCCCGCGGCCAUGUUAACCAGGAAACCUUCGGCCGCCGCUCCUGCCGCCUACCCGACCGGCCGAGGAGGGGACACCGCCGUUCGCCAGCUUCAGGCUUCCCCGGGGAUCGGCGCCGGGGCUCCCCGAAGCGGAGUGGGGACCGGCCCGCCCUCUCCCAUCGCCCUGCCGCCUCUCCGGGCCAGCAACGCUGCCACCGCAGCCCACACGAUUGGCGGUGGUAGGCACACCAUGAAUGAUCACCUCCACAUCAGCAGCCACAGCCACGGACAGAUCCAGGUUCAGCAGCUGUUUGAGGAUAACAGUAACAAAAGGACAGUGCUUACAACACAGCCGAAUGGGCUUACGACAGUGGGCAAGACAGGCUUGCCUGUGGUGCCGGAGCGGCAGCUGGACGGCAUUCACAGACGGCAGGGGAGUUCCACCUCUCUGAAGUCCAUGGAAAGCAUGGGGAAGGUGAAAGCCAUCCCUAUGACGCCCGAACAAGCGAUGAAGCAAUACAUGCAAAAACUCACGGCCUUUGAACACCAUGAGAUCUUUAGCUACCCUGAAAUAUAUUUCUUGGGUCCAAAUGCUAAGAAGCGCCAAGGCAUGACAGGUGGACCCAACAACGGUGGUUAUGAUGAUGACCAGGGAUCAUAUGUGCAGGUGCCCCAUGAUCAUGUGGCUUACAGGUACGAGGUCCUCAAGGUCAUUGGGAAGGGGAGCUUUGGGCAGGUGGUCAAGGCCUAUGACCACAAAGUCCACCAGCAUGUGGCCCUGAAGAUGGUGCGCAACGAGAAACGCUUCCACCGGCAGGCGGCGGAGGAGAUCCGCAUCCUGGAGCACCUACGGAAACAGGAUAAGGACAACACCAUGAACGUCAUCCACAUGCUGGAGAAUUUCACUUUCCGCAAUCACAUCUGCAUGACGUUUGAGUUGCUGAGCAUGAACCUCUAUGAGCUCAUCAAGAAGAAUAAGUUCCAGGGCUUCAGCCUGCCUCUGGUGCGCAAGUUUGCCCACUCGAUUCUGCAAUGCUUGGAUGCGCUGCACAAAAACAGAAUAAUCCACUGUGACCUUAAGCCCGAGAACAUUUUGUUAAAGCAGCAGGGUAGAAGCAGUAUUAAGGUGAUUGACUUCGGCUCCAGUUGUUAUGAGCACCAGCGUGUUUACACGUACAUCCAGUCGCGCUUUUACCGGGCUCCGGAAGUGAUCCUUGGAGCCAGGUAUGGCAUGCCCAUUGAUAUGUGGAGCCUGGGUUGCAUCCUUGCGGAACUCCUGACAGGUUACCCCCUCUUACCUGGGGAGGAUGAAGGGGACCAGCUAGCUUGUAUGAUUGAACUUUUGGGCAUGCCCUCCCAGAAACUCCUGGAUGCUUCCAAACGAGCCAAGAAUUUCGUGAGCUCCAAGGGUUAUCCCCGCUACUGCGCUGUCACGACUCUUUCAGAUGGCUCCGUGGUCCUCAAUGGAGGCCGAUCCCGGAGAGGGAAACUGAGGGGUCCGCCAGAGAGCAGAGAGUGGGGGAACGCACUGAAGGGAUGCGAUGAUCCUCUUUUCCUUGACUUCUUAAAACAGUGUUUGGAGUGGGAUCCCGCAGUCCGCAUGACCCCGGGCCAGGCUUUGCGGCACCCCUGGCUCAGGAGGCGCUUGCCAAAGCCUCCGACCGGGGAGAAGACGGCGGUGAAGAGGGUCACGGACAGCACUGGUGCUAUCACGUCGAUUUCCAAGUUACCUCCACCUUCCAGCUCAGCUUCCAAGCUGAGGACUAAUUUGGCACAGAUGACAGAUGCCAAUGGGAAUAUUCAGCAGAGGACAGUGUUGCCAAAACUCGUUAGCUGAGCUCCAGUCCCCUAAUGCUGGCAAGCUGAAAAAUGCGUUAUAGCUGAGCCUUAUUGGGUUGAAAAGUGUAGCUCAGACCUGUUUUUAUUUGCUCAAAAACUCGACUCAUUUGUAUCUUUUCAGCACUUGAUGUAAGACAGUUUGUUUUGUUUUUAUAAAAUACAUGGGGACAAUGCUUUAAGUUUUUAUACUUUCUCAAACUGUUUUUCCCCCUUACUUGUGUUCUGAAAGUAAGAUGAGCCUUACUGUAUUUCGUGUGGCUGAGUGAUCAUCAUAUCAGUGGCAGGCCAUUGAUUCCUUCAUGACUGCCACACAUUUACAGAUUGGUCAAACACAUUCACGAUGUUUUCAUGGUUCGUCCUCUAUGCUCCCCAGGGAGGAGGCCCCCAGGGGCCCCCCUUCUCCCUCCAUGCUCCCGGUUCACACAGGAGCCGCACACCCUGCUUCCAAAUUCUGUAAAUUAACCUGGGUCAGAGUGGAAGUGGAAGAAGAAGGGUCAGGGUGCAAAUCUCUAGGAAAAACUGCACUUUAGAGAUUGUCUUUAUUUCUUAUGGUGUAUUCAGACUAGAUUGCCCAGGUUUCAACCGCCCACUUAACAUUCUGACGUUCUGCAGCCACCAGGCAACGUUUAGUGGCUUAGUGGAAAUAGAGAUGUGUGAAUUCCUCCCAAGGCUCUGGAAGAUGGCAAGCUGUCAGAAAAUCAGGAAGCCGCCUGGUUUUGGAAUUGUUUUUUCACCUAAUUUUAGGACAUUUCCCCACUGUUCCCUGUUUCCCUUUCUCUUGUCUCUGUUCCUCUUUUUUUCCACACAUCUGUCGCUUGCAUUUAAGUGCGUCCUUUUUCUCCAGCUGUCUAUCCCGGACUGUUAAUGCAGAGAGCCAUUUCAGUUGCUAUUAUGUCCAGAGUUUCAGGCCUCAGUUUCCAAGAGAACAUCGGCCUAGCUACCUAAGGAUUCCCAUAGUUCCAAAGAAGGUUUAGUCUGGAGUGAGUUCACACUGUAGGCACCGCUGAGGUUCCCUCAGCCUGGGAAAGCAUCAUCUCUCCUUAGAAAGCAAAUGGUUUGAAAAUUCUCUUGGCAAAGAGAAGUCACUGUGGCCAUUCAGUUGGGCCAGUUCUAACAACACUUUGAAGGGAGGAGAAAUUCAAUCUCGAGUUAAAUGGUUUGACUUAUUCUUUGGUUUGUUAGAAGAGCCAUGGAAACCGCAUCUCUCUGUUUACUUUCCUUUUGGAUUGCACUGAGUGUUUUUGUGGGGAUGACACGUUACCUGAAAGAGUAACUGAGAGUUAGGUAAAAGAAUAUUUUCUUCUCUGAAUAAUAAUUAUUUUCACAGUGAAAAUUUCAGUAUUUUAUCACUAAAGGAUGAACAGUGAUAUAUAUCAAUUUCAAGGCACGUGAAAAGAAUUUUUUUAGUAUGUGCAAUUUAAUAGAGAAAGAUUUCUGCCUGUUUGGACAGUAGGUUUUGGAUAGUAAAAAUUAGGAUAAAUAAUCUUUUAUAUGCACAGAUAUUAUUGUAUUGCCUGUAAAUCAAUUUACAAGUACUUAAAGCAUGGUCCCCAGUGAGGCCAAGAAAGUUUCCGGUUAAGUUUUGUUUUUUGUUUGUUUGUUUUUUUAAUUCUUUUUUCUCUUAUUUAAAAAAAGAAAUCAAAAGCAAAAACGAAAAACAAAACAAAACAAAAAACCAAAAAAAAAAGUCAUUUUGAAUAAAACAUUUUUCUUAUCUUGAGGCUUUGCCAGUUGAUGGUGGAAAACUAUGCUCAGGAAUUAUUUCAAGUAUUUGCCAAAAAUCAGUGAUAAGAUUAGCUACUAAUAAGUUAGCGAUGUCGCCGUUUGCUUUACUGUUGAAGGAUGCCAUCGAUAGGUUAAUUUGUCCCUUCUGUACUUAGCAACGAUAGCUUGUUUCCCUAGUUGGAUUCUCUAGCAUACUCUACACAUUCUGUGUAAUCCGUGAAGUGCAAUACUGCAUCAGGAAGUUACAUUUUAGAUGAUGCCCACGCGACAGUAACCCCGAUCAGUGGCGUAUAAGACUUACAUUUCUGUGUAUUUAUUUUUAAAACAUUGGCUUAAAGGCAUGAGAAAUAGAGGAUUUGGUCUGGGGACUUUUGGAAAACGAUGAGUCUCUUAGUGAUGGUCAGUGUCUUCAGGUCACUAAAAUAAAUUGAAAAUCUACAAAAGCUGCUCUCCCUUCCCAAGGCUCCUGUUCUGCUCCCACACCCACCUAGUUUGAGCCUGAGCCUGCUGCUACCAACUCCCUGAUAAUACAGCUAUUCUCGCAGCAGUUUAGACGUGGAUUAGAAUUGCUUGUCUUUUUCCCCCACCACACAAAACUGGUUCUUCUGAUGCCAGCAGAACAUUUGUGAUGAGCUUUAUCCACAAAUGCAACCGGAAACUUUGAAGCCAAACUAUGAUGUGCUAUGGGGCUUUUCCUUUCCUCUCUCUCUCUCUCUCUCUCUCUCUCUCUCUCUCUCUCUCUCUCUUCCCUCGAUCACAAUGAAAUUUCUUUUAUUCAUGAAAGCCACCCUGUUUCAACAUUUACUGAUACAGCUGCUUUGAGAAAAUCCUAUUUAAUUAUUAUGUCUAAAAUGAAACUGUUGCCUCUUCGUGAUCUUAAAACCUAAAUAAAGGGCUCUGAUAGGCUUCUAGGAGUCGGCUUGGCAACGGUCCUUGGUCUCACAGGUCACCAUUGUCUAGGGAUGUCUGAGCUGUUUUCAGAUUUAGGAAUAGCACAGUGUCGUCUGUCUUUGGUUUGCAGUCUCAUUUGGCUCCAUUUCUUGCACUACCAGAGUUCUUAGCACAACAGUGGAACACUGGGUGAUGCAAGGCAGUGUAGAUUAACAUCUUACUGGAAAAAUUGUGCCCUUAGUGUUAACGAUGUGCCUUUUGUUCCGAAUGCCAUGUUGUAGGGCAUGCAUCUUUCGGCCUCUUUAACUCUUUGAACUAGAGGUAGUAAUGAUGGAAGCCACCUCUGCAAAGAUAACAUCUGUCUUAAAUAUCUAGAUUUAUAGGCCUUAAUAAAAACCAUAAGGCGUGACUCAACAUUGGGCGCUGAGCAAGAUAACCAUCGGUUAGUCACAUCAGGAAUCCCUGUGUUUAAAGGGUUAAAGAUGGUCUCUGUUGUAUCUGAACAUCAGACUGAUUUUUUUAAAUGAUACUUUUUUGUUAUGCUAACACUAGACAAAAAUCAACUGUAUUUGUAAAAAUUUACCUCAAACCAUUUAUUUUAUAGUGUGAUUAAUCCCAGGGCAUUUGGUAUGAACCAAAGUGCAUUCCUUUUUUUAUGUGCCUGGCUCUAGUAAGGAUGGCCAGGGAUUUUUACAAUUUGGGUGCAAGGCACUUAAGCCACUUUUAAACUUACUGGGUGGUAUGGAGUCAUGUUAAGUGACCCCAUCAGAAUGUUGGCAUCAGUAGCAUUGGGCCAUAUUGGAAUCUUAAAAAAGCAUGAAUUAUUUUAAAGAGAACAUUCAUUUUUGUAAUUUUUUUCAUCAAGAAUAUUUCUGGUAAGCAGACGAUUUUUAAAACACAAACCAACUGAUUUGGCUGGUAAAGGUUUUAAUAUUGCCCAACACAACGCUGUUGGUAGCGUUUAGAAGUGAAAGUAUUUGUGGACUCUGUUUUUAGGGGCUUGUGCAUCUCUGCUAUGGACAUAUAUUAAAUUCCUUGUAAUUAUACUCAGCUCGACUGCUACAGUUAUGUCUAGGCAGGGGCUUGGGUUUUCAUCGCGCAACAACUUAGACACGUGACUAAUCAUGCUGCAACUGUGUGUACUGAAAAUAUGUGAAAAUGGUUGAAUGUGGACUGUGUAUAUAUGUAUGUACAGACCUCUGUGAGAUGCUGCUGUCGCCACUUGACAUAGAAAGUGUUCUCGUGGGUGGAAUCCUAGUGGCCAGUUCUAUGAUACUGUAUGUAUUGUACAGCUGAUGACGGGGUAAGACUGUUUAGUGAAUAUUUGUUAAAUUUUAUUGUUGUGGCCAGAGAUAAUUUCAGAAUAAAAUUUUAAUGUCCUACCUUAACUUUUUUUCUCCCCUUUUCUAACUAAUUUAACUCCUCAUCCAUUUCUGGUAUGAUCGUCCCUGGUCUGUUAAACCUGGAGAGAGCUUGGACUGUCAGAUGGCUCGAGAUGGUGAAACGGUCCAUUCUGCUCCUUCGUUCGCCAACUGUGACUUAUUUCUUCAUUAUAAAUAUGCAAAUUCUGAGGUUUUUUUUUCAAAUGAGGUUUUAGGAAAAAAAACUUCUACUAAAUCUGAGCUCUCGAGACAUUCUUCUUAUCUGUCGUUUUUGUGUUUAUUUUUCUUCAUGUGGUAUCUGUCACAUUCUAUGCUUGCCAGAGCCUCAAGUCUUGUUCUCCUUCAAGCUUGCUGUCAGACUUCCCCAGGAGUCUUCAUUUGUCCCGUGUACAAUUCUGGUCUGUUAUCCCAAGAUGCUCUUGGGUCUACCCCGGGCCUUCCAGUGUGCAUGUUUCCGCUAUUUUUAUCUGUGGUGUUCUCUUUGGUUUUUUACUUCUUGGAGUUUUGGUGGCUCCUGCCGUGACCGGGUCAGGAAACAAGGCUCUUCUACAGCAGCUAACUCUAGACGAGUCACGCUCAGAGCUUACUUACCAAAGGCAGCAAACACUGUGUUAGAUGUUGCUGUAAUGUGUCAGGUUAUCACUGGGACAUCGUAUACAGAAGUCUCCCUCAUGGCGAGGGCUGUUUCACACUCUGUUUACACCCCUCCUGCUGAAGGAGGCUUCCUAUAUCUUACCCAUAGUAAGUGGGAGUCACUGAAAGAAGGGCACAUGAGAUUCCUAAGCCCAGCUUUUGUCUUCAUACACAGUGAAGAGGUUUUCAUAUUUGCUCAGAGUUCACAUUCCAGUGCACACACACAGCAGACAGAAGAAUUAACUGACCCACCAAGAGCAAAACAAAAUGUAAAUGUCUAAGCCAUGAGCCGGAUGUCUGUGGAAGCCAAGGCAGCUCCAUAGAGCCCAUGUCUGACCCGGGAAAGAUCGGUAUCAUCAAAUCUUUCUAAAUUCUUAAGUUGGUUAAUGCAAUAUUCUGUUUGAGUCCCUAAAAUUUCUUACCUUUUGGAAUCAGUAACUAUAAAACGUAUUCAGAAAUGAAGGAAUUCAACACUACUUUCCAAACAGCCUUUGAGAACACUCCCUAUUAGCAUAAAUAUGGGUCUUUUCAAGAAGUGGGAGACUUGAUUACCUUUGUGUUUUGGAAAGGGCUUUAGAAGAGACCCCAAAGCAUGGGGUUUUGUGGCUUUAUUUCAUUUUGUUUGUUUAAGAUUUGAAUUACACUGCUUUUUUUUCAGACUUUAUGCAAGUAAACACUUGUCCCUGGUGGUAGAUAAGUCCCUCCCAAAAGAAAAUUUCACUACUGUGUUGGGGUAUAUGAGAAAGUGGUUAGUUUAUGUGGUCUCACGUUGACUUAACUGAUUGGUUGUGAUCUCAUCCUUAGGAACUGUGACGGAGACAGGUGUUGUCAUUUUCUUGAAUCUCAAGGAAGUGUAGGGAGUACUUCAAGAGUGAAUGGUGACUCUCUGGAGUGUUAACCGACUAUAAUAAGGACAUGAAGAGAUGUAUUGUAAUUGCAUUCAGUUUGGCAGAGCAUAGGAGCAUUGUUCCCUCUGAAGGAGAGAAAAUGCUUUCACAGAUCCCAGUGUCAAAUGGGCAUCAUUCAUCCUUAUACAUUCCUCUGAGCUAUAAUUAUCCUCAAUUCAGAAUGAAAUGGCUGAUGCCAAAGAGACUGGAAAAACAGAAUUCGUUUUAAAGCGAAGAAGCUUAGAAGAAAGUGAUUUUUUACUAGCUAUCAGUUUCCAAGAAUAUCUUUUCAAUUGAGAAACCACACACACACACACACACACACACA